AUGAAUGGUCCACACCAGCCUAUGUCGGGACCAUGUAUACAAGUGAAUACUACGGUUCCAUUGCUAUCACAACACAUCCUCAGUGCUUACAAUUAUUCAAAGGAAAAUUUUUCUGUGAAUUUUGAUUCUAAUGAGACUGCUGAGAAUGAAACGUCUCGGGGCGACAGAGGGGCAGUACCUGAGCCCCCUGUGUACCUGUUACUCUUCGCUACAUUGUUUUAUGUAGUGAUUUUCUUAAUUGGAAUUAUAGGUAAUUCGGCUGUGAUUGCUGUCAUAAUUUAUGGAAGAAAUAUCAAGAAUGCUGUCAAUCUAUAUCUAAUUAACUUGUGUGUGGCAGACCUCCUUGUCAUGGUUGUGUGCAUGCCACCUGUCCUCGUAGAGUUACAUACUAAGGAGGUCUGGUAUUUCGGCGAGGUCAUGUGUAAGACCGUGCCAUUCCUCGAGAUGGUGGUUGCGUCUGCAUCGGUGUUUACAAUUAUUGCUAUCAGCGUGGAGAGGUACAAGGUCGUGUGCAAACCUUUAUCAGUCAAAGUAGAGAACGUCCUUUUCGUCGCAAAGGUGAUUGUCGUCAUAUGGUUAGCUGCCGUCUUUGUCAGUGCACCAAUGAUAUCUAUUGUUAUAUACAAGGACAGCAACUUGCUAGACGGAACACCGAUCAAAGUCUGUCGUGCACCAAUCAGAACAACAUUGCAGCGGGCAUAUAUUGUCAUAUCAACAUUUCUUAUCUAUAUCAUUCCGUGUGCUCUUCUUUUUACUCUGUAUUGCCGCCUGUGUCGCAAGCUUAUCCCCGACUCUGAAUGCCCUUUUGAUAUGUACGAGCGUUACGUGAACGAAAAAUUACGUCUCAGAAAACAAGUUGUGAAUAUCAUAGCAACUAUAGUUUCCAUGUUUUUCUUGUGUCAUCUUCCUUACAGAAUCGUCAGUUUAUGGCUAAUAUUUGAAAACAGUAAAAAUUUGGCACGUUUGGGACUAGAAAAAUAUCUUGCAAUAGUUUAUACGGCAAGAAUAUGUUUAUAUGUUAACCAUGCAUUAAACCCAAUUCUAUAUAAUUUUGUUUCAAGAAAAUUCAGGCGAACGUUUAAAAUGAUGAUUUAUUUCCGUGGGAAGCGAAAUAGGAAUAAUUCCUCUCAGAGACGUGUUAUGGAAAGGAAAUCGAGAGAAUCCAGUGGUAUGUACUGUAAAGGUGAAGUCAACUUGAUGAGGAUAGAAGUACAACAGCGUCAGACAUCUUCAUCGACGUCAUCAUCAUCAAAUAGACAGCGUAUCAACGAUUUUUGUCCUCUGUAUAAAAACAUCGCCAAUUCUAGAGAAUACGAUGACAUCACAAAUCAGCAAAACUGA